AUGUGGUCACGUCGGCUGGUGUUUACUCCGACUCUUCCUAGAACAUCGAGGGUCCCAACCUCUCUAUUUUUCAUCAAACCAUUCACUCCUUUAACAAAUGUCUCUAAUCCGCUCAUACAUUUGAGAUUGGCUUCUUCAUCUAACAAGACAACUUCAAAUACUAGUACUAGUGCCAACAAACCAAACUUAGUCACAAACUCAAAACAGGCAAGGGCAGCACCUUCCUUACCUAGUGUCUCCCAGCUGAAAAUUAUUGCCGAUUUAUUGGCUUAUCUGUGGCCAAAGGAUAAACCUUGGGUUAAAUUCAGAGUAGUUACGGCUUUGUCUCUAUUGAUUUCCGCAAAGUUACUCAAUGUCCAGGUCCCAUUCUUCUUUAAGUCAAUCAUCGACCAGAUGAAUGUAGAUUGGCAAUCGUUAUCUGAUUCAAUGACUUCCAAUUUGCCGGAUUCCGCCUUGACCAACGCCAUUGUGGAAAAUGCUCCAAUAGUUCCACCUGCUAUAGGUGCCCUUAUUUUGGCUUAUGGAUUGUCUAGAUUUGGUGCCGUAUUAUUUGGUGAAUUGAGAAAUGCAAUCUUUGCCUCUGUUGCUCAAGGUACCAUCAAAUCCGUUGCCAAAAACACCUUUGUCCACUUAUUAAACAUGGAUUUAUCUUAUCAUCUAUCCAGACAAACCGGUGGCUUGACAAGAGCUAUCGAAAGAGGUACAAAGGGUAUCUCCUAUGUCUUAACAGCAAUGGUUUUCCACAUUAUUCCAAUCACUUUUGAGAUUUCGGUUGUUUGUGGUAUUUUGACCUAUAAUUAUGGUGCUUCAUUUGCAGCAGUCACUUUAUUGACAAUGUUAGCAUAUACCAUCUUCACCAUCAGAACAACAACAUGGAGAACAGGGUUCAGACGUGCUGCCAAUAAGGCUGAUCAACAAGCUGCAUCUGUGGCCCUUGAUUCGUUGAUAAACUAUGAAGCUGUUAAGAUUUUCAACAAUGAGGCAUUACAAGCGAAAAAGUAUGAUGCGGCAUUGUCUAAAUACAGGGAUGAAUCCAUUAAAGUUGGUACGUCUCUAGCAUUUUUAAAUUCAGGUCAAAAUUUUAUCUUUACAACUGCAUUAACGGCAAUGAUGUAUAUGGCCUGCCAAGGUGUAGUUGCUGGUUCUCUAACCGUUGGUGAUUUAGUCUUAAUUAACCAAUUGGUGUUCCAGUUAUCUGUCCCACUAAAUUUCUUAGGUUCUGUUUACCGUGAAUUGAAACAGAGUUUAUUAGAUAUGGAAGCUCUAUUUAAAUUACAGAAGCAACCAAUUAAAAUUAAGUCGAAGCCAAAUGCUCUACCAAUCAAAGUUGAUAAGGGUGAGAUUAAAUUUGAGAAUGUUGAUUUCUCCUACGUUGAAGGCAGAAAAAUCUUGAAUGGUUGUUCCUUCACAAUCCCUGCCGGUAAAAAGGUGGCAAUUGUGGGUCCAUCAGGUAGUGGUAAAUCGACAAUCUUGAGGUUGUUGUUUAGAUUCUAUGAUAUCGAUCCUUCUAAGAAGUCAUCAAUCCAAAUUGACGGCCAAGAUAUCAGAGAUGUGGAUUUAGAUUCAUUGCGUAGAGAAAUUGCAGUUGUUCCACAGGACACGCCUUUAUUCAAUGCUUCACUGUUGGAGAACCUAAGAUAUGCAAAACCUAAUGCCAGCGACGAAGAAAUCAAUGAUAUUAUUUACCGUGUUAAAUUGGAUAAUUUGAUUCGGUCAUUACCUGAAGGUGUUCAUACGAUGGUAGGUGAGAGAGGCUUGAUGAUAUCAGGAGGUGAAAAGCAAAGGGUUGCAAUUGGCCGUGCAGUCUUGAAAGAUUCUCCAAUUAUUGGUUUAGAUGAGGCAACCUCCGCAUUGGAUACAAGUACAGAGCAAGAGAUUUUGAAUACGUUGAAAGACAUACUUGCGAAUGAAAAAGUAAGGAGGACCUCCAUUUGGGUUGCCCAUAGAUUAAGGACAAUUAUGGAUGCCGACAAAAUCAUUGUUUUGAAGCAAGGUACCGUUGUUGAAGAAGGUACCCAUAAGGAAUUGAUUGCCAAGGGUGGCGAAUAUGCUAAGAUGUGGGAAAUUCAAGAAGUGUGGGAGGAAGAAGAUGUCGAUAUUCUUGAAGAGGAAGCCAAGGAAAAAAGGGAGGAGAAGGAGCAACAAGAGACUAAAUAA